UAACACCGUCUCACCUGCAGAUAAGUGUGUACCUCUUAUUUCUUAUCAAAUUCUAUAUCUCUUUUGUGUAAAUACAAUUCUGUUCCAGUCACACCUGCCAUCUCAGGUCUUUUAACCUUGAUUCCGUUCGUUAGUACUUGCUCGUUAGGCAGAGUACGAUUAAGGCCAUAAGCGGUGAAGAAGUUUUGUAAGAGUGGUUAUUGUUAGGUCGAAGUUAAUCCAAGUCUAACACUUACAAGUGGUGAGCCCGUGUUUUUCACCGUUUGCCUACUUAGUAGCCUAACGUGUAAAUAGUCCUUUUUCAUAUUGGCAAUUUGUUUUUCACACAGAGUUAUAAAAUUUUACUUGCCUUGUUUUUACUCAUAUUUUUUUUGUUAUCAUAUUUGUUAUCAUUUUAUUAAUAUAUCGUCCCGUGUGCAGAAUGGCCGACAACAGUUCCGCCUCAGAAAUGGCUAUCACCUUGCAACUCCCUACCUUCUGGACUCAUCAUCCUGUUGCAUGGUUCGACCACAUCGAAGCUAUGUUCGCCCUACGAAAUAUACACUCACAAGAGACUAAGGUGAACCUGGUUACCGUAAGUCUUCCUGAGAACGUCAUGGAAGAAGUAUCUGAUGUCCUCGCGGAUCGAUCCCCGGGCUUGUACGAGCGUCUCAAGCAGGCGCUUAUUAAGCGCGUUGCACUUAACGACCAACAGAAAGUGCAGGAACUAUUCAGAGAUGUUCAGCUGGGUGAUAGAAAACCCACCCAACUGUUACGUCAAAUGAGACAGUUGGUGGCUGACUCCAAAAUAGACGAUGACUUCUUAAAACAGCUGUGGUUACAACGAUUACCACAGGCGAUUCAGACCAUUUUAGCUCCAAUCAACCAUUCCCCCUUAUCUGAACUAGCUGAAGCAGCCGAUAGAGUGGUAGAGACUGCUACAUCCAACACGAACAUUUCGGCUGCCGUUACCGCUAGUCCCACGCAGACUAAGAACUCCUUUGCCGGGGGGUCGUCAAACGUAGAUGUGGUGGCCCAUAUAACUAAGCUAUAUGAGGAGAUUUGUAAGUUAAGAAUCGAUAGGAGACCUAGAGGUCGCUCAAAUAGUCGCACCAGCUCGACUCGUGGUAGAUCUUCUUCACGAGCUGGCAGCAGGCGUUGUAGGCCUAAAAAUUCCCAACCUGGAGUGUGCUGGUAUCACCGGCGUUAUGGUGACAAGGCCCAGAAGUGUACUCGCCCGUGCAUCUUCGAUGUCCAGCAAUCGGGAAACCAGUAAGC